GAUGUUAGGUACUACAGCGAGGAGUGCGAGGUGGAUCUCCGUGACCCUAUCAAAGACUACGAACUCUACAGAGAGACUUGCCAAGAGCUUCAGAGGCUCAUGGCAGAAAUCCAGGAGCUGAAGAGCAGAGGCAUCAAGGACAACGCAUCUGAGAUAGACGAGCGGCGCAUUCAGAGCUGCGUCCACUUCAUGACCCUGAAGAAGCUCAACCGGCUGGCUCAUAUUCGGCUGAAGAAAGGGAGAGACCAAACCCACGAGGCAAAGCAGAAGGUUGAUGCGUAUCACCUGCAGCUCCAGAACCUGCUCUAUGAGGUGAUGCACCUGCAGAAAGAGAUCACCAAGUGCCUGGAGUUCAAGUCAAAACACGAGGAGAUCGAACUGGUGAGCCUGGAGGAGUUUUACAGAGAGGCCCCUCCCGAAAUCAGCCGGCCUGCCAUCACCCUGGCUGAACCUCACCAGCAGACCCUGGCCCGUCUGGACUGGGAGCUGGAGCAGCGCAAGAGGCUGGCAGAGAAGUACAAGGAGUGCCUGACCAGCAAGGAGAAGAUCCUGAAGGAGAUUGAGGUGAAGAAGGAGUAUCUGAGCAGCCUCCAGCCUCGACUCAACAGCAUCAUGCAGGCCUCCCUGCCUGUCCAGGAGUAUCUCUUCAUGCCUUUCGACCAGGCGCACAAACAGUAUGAGACAGCCCGACACCUCCCGCCGCCUCUCUACGUUCUCUUCGUCCAAGCCAGCGCCUACGGUCAGGCCUGCGAUAAGAAGCUUGUGGUGGCCAUCGAAGGGAGCGUAGAGGAAGCCAAAGCCCUGUACAAGCCACCUGAGGACUCGCAGGAUGACGAAAGCGAUUCCGAUGCAGAGGAGGAGCAGACCACGAAGCGGCGCAGGCCCACCCUGGGCGUGCAGCUGGAUGACAAGCGCAAGGAGAUGCUCAAGCGACACCCCUUGUCUGUCACCGUUGACCUGAAGUGCAAAGACGACAAUGUGCUUCACCUGACCUUCUACUACCUGAUGAACCUCAACGUCAUGACGGUGAAAGCCAAGGUGACCACUGCUGUUGAGAUGACAACGGCCAUCAGUGCCGGCGACCUGCUCUCCCCGGACUCCAUCCUCAACUGCCUCUAUCCAGGAGACCAUGGCAGGAAAACACCCAACCCGGCCAACCAGUUCCAGUUUGAUAAAGUGGGCAUCCUGACCUUGAGUGACUACGUGACAGAGCUGGGGCACCCCUAUGUGUGGGUGCAGAAGCUGGGCGGCCUGCAUUUCCCCAAGGAUCAGCCUCAGCAGUCUCGCUUGGCUCUGCACAAGCAGUUUGCCUCGCUGGAGCACGGCGUCGUGCCAGUCUCCAGCGAGUGCCAGCAUCUCUUCCCUACCAAGAUAGUCUCACGCCUGGUGAAGUGGGCUGCCAUUCCCUUCGAGGAUUACGCGGAGCUGCCCUACACUAAAGAUGUGAUCGAGGCCGGCUUAGCUGAAGACACUCACCUCUACUACAUGGCCCUGAUCGAAAGGGGAACAGCCAAGCUCCAGGCAGCUGUGGUGGUGAACCCCGGUUAUUCCACGCUGCCACCCAUCUUCAGCCUGUGCCUCAACUGGAAGGGAGAGCGAACCGGCAGCAACGAUGACAACAUUCGGGCCAUGGAGAGCGAGGUCAACGUGGAGUACAAGGAGCUGUGGGGGCCCAAACCGGGCUACCAGCUCCUCACCAACCAGCUGCAGCGGCUGUGCAUGGUGCUGGACGUCUACCUGGAGACGGAACCCCAUGACCCCAGCGUGGAGGGGCCCAAGGAGUUUCCUCAGGAGAAAAUGUGUCUGCGCCUGGUCAGGGGACCCUUGCGUCUGAAGCCCUUCAAGUUCAACUAUCCUCAGGGGUUCUUCAGCCACCGCUAAGCACCGCCCGGCUCCCAUGCCUGGAGGUGCUCUUUGGCACCCA